UACAGUUUCCUUUUCUGGAAACUCUUUCCCCCGCCAUCUUUGCCAUCCCACUAUAAUCAUGUCUCCUGGACACCGGCUUCAGUAUAGUGUUCCAGAGCCAAAGAGCAACGUACAUUCACUCGAGCAGGAUGUAUUUGUCGAGGACCCCCAGCACGAUAUACAAUAUAAGACCUUGAGUUGGCAGUUUGUUGCAUUGCUCAUGAUCGCAGAAAUUGUUUCUAAUGGGAUGCUCUCUCUUCCUUCCGCUCUCGCAGUCGUUGGUAUUGUCCCAGCUUUGAUUCUUAUCGUCUUUCUUGGGAUAUUUGGUUUAUACACGUCCAAACUCCUGAUUGACUUCAAAUUGAAUCAUCCAAGUGUUCACAAUAUGUAACAGUCCCCCGCAUUGCUCUGUCUUUCCCUCUCUAAAUGAUUCUUUAUCUUCAAUUAAGGGGGGAUGCCGGAAUGGUUUUGGGAGGUCCUUUUUUUCGAGAACUGCUAGCUGCGGGGACCAUAAUUUUUGCCAUCUUUGGGACUGGUAGUGAGCUUCUCUCAGGGCAACAAGCCUUAUCUGUCCUCUCCGACGACGGAUUGUGUACCAUCUAUCUCGUUCUACUAUUUUCUGCUGCCACAUUUGUACUGGCUCUGCCGCGCACUUUAGGUAACCUCAGCUGGCUCGGAUUAAUUAGUGUCUCCUUGAUCCUAGUUGCAUCUUUGGUGGCAAUGAUAGGUGCAGGCUUGAAUCCUGUACCAGGUCGCGUUAUAAAAGCUGCAAUUCCGAGCAAUUUCUACCAAGCCUUCCUCGCAAUCACCAAUCCGGUCUUCGCUUAUGCAGGUCACUUCAUGUUUUUCAUUUUGAUAUCUGAAAUGAAACAACCGGAAGACGCUAUGAAGGCUGCUUGGUGCUUACAAGGGUUUUCCACCCUCUUGUACGCAGUAUUUUCAGUCGUGGUAUACCUCUAUAUUGGAAGCACCGUCACAUCUCCGGCCUUUCUGUCUCUUCCUCCAAAAUGGGCCAAGGCCGCUUUUGGAAUUUCCUUGGGAAAUUUUCUCAUUGCGGGGUCCCUUUACUCCCAUACAGCAGCCAAACUUAUCUUCGUUCGCCUGUUCCGUGGUACUUCCCAUAUGUACAAUCAUACUAUUCGCGGAUGGUCGGUAUGGGCUCUAUUGUGUUUUGUUUCGGUGGCUGUUGCGUUUGUGCUUGCCGUCGCUAUUCCCAUUUUCUCUUAUUUGAUAGGUAUUGCUGCUGCGUUAUUCGCUGCUUGGUACACAUACGGAUUAGCAGGAUUUUUCUGGCUUCACGAUACAUACCACUUGGAAGGUGGCUUGACGGCUUUGCGAAAACGGCCCUUUCAUACGGCCCUAUGCGCCCUCAUCAUUGCUUCAGGAGCUUUCAUCUGUGUUGCUGGUGCUUAUGUCUCUAUCAAGCUCAUAGACGAUGCGUAUACGCAGGGUCUUGUUAGCAGACCGUUUACUUGUUGAGUAGCAUGCACGUAUGUUUGUAAGUAUAAGUAUGUAGUCGUUAUCCACCUGACGUCAAAGCUGGAUCGGAGUCAAAAGCCGAC